AGAUCGUUCCGCACAGCGCAACAGCUCCGUCUGAAGGAGGAUAAGCAUCAAGACCCCGAGGAACUGGACCGGAUUAAGCACGAGCAGGUCAAGAAGCAGGAGAAGGGCGAAGGUCACUGGCAUGAGGAGUUGGCGUCGGGCUCAGAGAGUGCGCUUAAGGCGGAGCGGGAGAAAGUGCACGAUCACGAUGAGCACAUGGAGGACUUGCAGAAGGAGACCGCUGGGAAGCAUGAGAAG